AUGCUGCGCAGCGAUAAUCUAAGAGGGGGCACAACUGCUUGUAUAGCAACAAAGAACAUUCCACAAGCAGAGCAGUGUAUACCUCUACCGGCACAAUGCUUCUAUAUACUUGCCAGUGUGUCCUCAGAAUCGGAGCAGUACACAAGACCUACGCCAUUCAACGUCGAAGACAUACACACAUUUUCAUUCUAUUCUUCUCGAGCGAAUGACUUUCUACCGAUUUGCAAUUGGAUAGAAAAAACAGAUUGA